CAUGUAGUUUGUACGUAACAAAGUGUCAUUUACUGUUUAUAGGUAGUUUAAGUUUAUAUUUUUCGUUGUUCUUUUAGUGCACAGAAAAAAUUCUUAUUUAAGAAAUUUAAUUUAUAGUCAUGAAUGUAGGAAAUGUUCAAGUACCGAAUCUUGAUAAAAUUUUACGAGACAAUGAUGAAUCUGAUUUUAUGCCAGCAGCAGGAUCAAAUUUGGCUGCUAUUUUUGGAUUACAAGCUAAGACAUUAGAUAGUUGCUCUUCGACAAAACAAAUUUCUAAAAAAUUAAAUACACACCGUACUUUGACUCAAACAAUUUCGAACAAAACAGAAGUCAUAAUAGCUAAAGCAGUACAUGCUUUCAAAUUGCAAAAUGGGGCUUACAUUUCAAUUGGCAAGCUUGGUAUGGCUCUUACAGGAAAUCUUGCAACAAGAAUAUAUCAAAUUGUAUUAUAUAAAAGCAAACAAGAACAUGUAUCAGUUGUCACAUUAACACCAGAUUUUUUAUAUAUAAUACAACCAAAAAAUUAUUCAAGUUAUUAUGAUAGCAAUAAGGAGAACUGGUCAAUUUUAUUUGAAAAUAAUGAUAUUUGCAUAGAAUUUGCAAGAGAAGUAGGUUUAGCAAGAUAUUUUUCAAAAAAUGGGAGAAUAGAAAAUGUACUUUAUCAAGAUUUAUCACCAGUUAAUAAAGAUGUAACAGUAAAAGAAGGAGACAAUAUAUCCAUUAAAUAUUUCAUUGUAACGGAAAUAACACAGCCUCUUAAAGACAUUCCCACAACAUUUCAAACAAUGACAGUAGAAAUAUCUAUUGAUGAUAAUUGGGAAAGAACACUUUUGGGAAGUGUUAAAGGAUUAAAAAGAAUAUUAUUUGUGCCUUCUAAUAAACAGAUUAGUCUAGGACCAGGAUUUCCUAAGGAGAAAGAUAUCUUAAUAGAAGUACAAGUAGUAGAUAUACAAACACCUGGGGAAACUGCCCAUUUGCAUAAAAUUCCAAGUGGUAAAGCUUCUAUUAUAUCACGAAUGGCAAAAAUGGGACAAUCUAUAUUACCAAAACUCCCAUCUACUACUACUGACUCUGAAGAUACUGAAGAUGACAUGCCAUAUAAACCGAUUCGUCAAAAGAAGGUCGAAUCAUUUCAAGAAGAAUUACAGAGAAAACAAUCUCCAGCAGAAUUUGAAGAUGAAAUAUUAAAAAAUUCACAUAAGGUAUUAAAACUAAAAAGUGAUGUAUCAACAACAAAUACUGCUUGCAAAUCUUUUGUUAAUCCAUCUGUGAUUACUCCUCAAUGGUCUCCUACGCAAAUACAACCAAACUUUAUUACCAUGGAUGGUCAGGUAUAUUCAUUACAGUCACAGACAGUAACUUCAACAGUACCAACAAUAAUAGAUCCAGGGUUAAAUAUGUUAUUGUCUGAAACUCGAAUGACAAAUGCGGAACUCAGAAUGGGAAUGUCUAAGAUAGCUGAUAAUGUACAAAAAGUGCUUGACAAGUUUCAUGUUCUUGAACUUCAAAAUGCUACAUCUCCUAUAAAAGAUAAAACGGCUUUGGAUAAUAUUCUGAAAAUGUUGUUAGCCAUGAGUACGUCUGAAGAAAAGGUUAGUCAACCAUACAAGAAUAUAGCUAAUAUAGCUACUGAUAAUUUCACCCAAUUAAAUGAAAUGAGAGAGAGAAUAAGCAUAUUGGAAAAAGAAUUAAAUGAAUCAAAAGAACAAGUAAGAGAUCUUGAAACUCAGAAACAAUCUUUAGUACAAAUUAAUGAGAACUUGCACAAAACUAUUAAAGAAUUAGAAAUAUCUUUAAAAGAUGCAAAUAUUGCAUUCAGUAACAUGAAGAAAGAUUUAGAAGAAGCGAAGGAACUUAAUAACAGAUAUAAGGAAGAAGCAGUGGUAUUAGAAAACAAAAUGCUUAAGCUUUCUGAGGAAUGCAGCACCACUGAGCAAGUUGCAAGUUCUAAAGAAGUAAAUGAAAAUAAUAAUAAAAACAAGGAAAUCAAAUAUAUAAUGAAUAGAAUUUACCACAUUUUAUCAGAUAAAUUUGUAGACGAAUACUACUCUAUAAGUUAUAUAAGAACAAUAAUAGCAACUACAAUAAAAAAUGUUACAUUACAAGUUUUAUAUAAUACUGAUGAAACUAAUGAUGUUGAAUUAGAAUUACCUACUAAUAAUACAGAAACUGAUGCUUCAAAAAUUAGCAAUACAGAACCAAAAAUUUCUGACUUCAGACAGGUGUCUUCUAUAUUACAGAAUGAACCACCACCCAUUCCUCCCAUAGAUACAGAAGAUGAUAAUGACUGGCUACAUUAAUAAUUAUAUUCUUCGGUUUAUAAUUCUAUUUUGAAAACACACAAAAAUUUAUGUAUAAAAAUAGCAAAAGAUAAAGUUUCAUGUAAACUAGAAAUUUGUAAGCCACCUGAAGACAUUUUAGAAUUCUUUUAAAAAAUCUGUAUAUUAAUAUCAAUAAAUAUUAUUUUGAAUA